GCCUAGAAGCUUCGCGUUAUCAUGGCCAAGCACUGAAGCGCACAGGGCUUACGAACAGACGUUGAUAAAAUCUUUAUUAACGGAAGAAAUCUGGGUUUUGUCUAAUCUAUGCUAUGUUUGUAUGGGAAAGGUGAAUUAAUCAAACCAUGGAAGGCGUGAAGAUGAACCGAGAGGCACCGGGUGAAUGAACUCUUUUGAUCCCGACAGAGACGACUUUCAGUCGGCGUGGAUUAUGCGCAUUUGCCGCAGGCUGUACUGUCAUCACUACAGUGAAACCGGAUCUCGACCGGCGACGGAUGGGGUGACUCCCGCAGUGCCGAGGAGGUGGUCCCAGCCUCUGGCCAGGGCCGCCACUGCUGGGGUGGGUCCCCAUCCCUGGCACCGUUAACCGUAGGGCGAACGGGAGAACACGUGUCAGGGUGGAAGAGGAAAGAUACAAUGCAGACGGAGGUGCCAGUACCACCGGAGACAGGAGAGGAGACUUUAGAAGACGGAUCAGGGAGAGAGGAGCAGCGUCCCCUGCAGCAGUCCCUGGCUGCCUCUCUGUGUCGUGAGUCUUACUGGAAGUGCCUCCUCCUCACUCUCCUCAUGUACGGGUGUUUCACCACGCUGGGCUGGUGUGUCGUCUGCCGUGUUCCAGCUCUGGGCUCCGGGGAGUAUGUUGUUGUCUCGGCUCCGUCCGCCACCACCUUCCCUGACUUACCUCAGCUGCACCUCCAGCAAGACAGCCCAUGUUCCAGUGGGUAUGUGUAUAUCCCUCUAGCAUUCCUAGCUAUGCUGUACGUGGUGUAUCUGGUGGAAUGCUGGCACUGUUACUCCAAGACCGCCAUUUUGGCUCACGCAGAGACGGCAGAGGUGUAUGAGCGUGUCUCAAGGCUCCAGCAGGCCACUCCCUGUAUCUGGUGGAAGGCCAUCAGUUACCACUACGUCAGACGGACCAGACAGGUGACCAGGUAUCGCAACGGAGACGCUUAUACCACCACACAGGUGUACCAUGAGAGGGUUAACACCCACGCCUCCAGCUCUGAGUUUGACUACGGUCGCCACGGGGUUAAAGACGUCUCCAAGAAGCUCCAGGGACUUCAGGAGCACCCGGCUGUCAGGCUACGCUUCACCAAGUGUUUCAGUUUUGCCAGCGCCCGUGCGGAGGCUGCAUACCUCACCCAGCGAGCACGCUUCUUCGGAGACAACGAGGGUCUGGACGAUUACAUGGAAGCCCGGGAAGGGAUGCAUCUAAAGAACGUGGAUUUCAAGGAGCAUAUUCUGGCGUUCCCAGACCCGACCCGGCAACCGUGGUAUUCCCGACACCGGGUCUUCUGGCUAGCCUCAGCGUUCCUCUUCUCCUGGCCCAUCCGGGUCGUGUCGGAGUACUGCACGGCCCAUGUACACUACCACGUGGAGAAACUGUUCGGAGAGGAGACGAUCCAUGAGGGCGGAGGAGGCGACGGAGUGACGGAGAACGGAGGAACGACGGGAGGAGAGAGGAGCGUCAACGGCGGGGCGAGCUACAGAGCGAUAUCGCGGGUGAACACGGUGGACAUGACGGAGCUGGAGUGGCAUAUUCGCUGUAAUCAACAAAUGGUUCCUUCCUAUUCCGAAGCUCUUCUCAUGGACUUGGAGAGAGAGAGCAAUGGAGGAGUCAGUGGAACAGGAGAAACUAACACCACCUCAUCCACACCUGGAGCGCCGGACUCCAUCCAGGGGGGCUUUCCAGCCAGCAUGACCCGCCCAGUGGCCUUCUCCACGGCUUACCUCCUCCAGAGCUGCCCCCGGUGUCGGAGUGCCACGUCAAGCUCCAGCCUGCCAUCCAGGCUAAGGGCCCCGACGGGGAAUCGAGCCCUGCUGAACGGCACUGUGGUUGGGAUGAGGGCAAAUGGGGUAGGGGGUGGGGGUCCGGGUGGGGGAGGGGGAGGUGGCAGGUUAGUGUUAAGUCGUAGUGGGUUUUCUCUGGGGACACGGCCGAGACCAGCAAGUCUAUUUCACUCUCGUAGUGUGGGGGGAGGACUAGGAGGAGGACGGGGGGAAGACGGAGGAGGAGGAGGGGGAGGGUUUCUGGGGUUAGGGUCCCGGCAGGGUCAGGAUGAUGAGGAAAGUAGAGGAGUGUUGGAAGGAGAGAGAGAGGAGGAGGAGGAAGAGGAGGAUGAGGAAGAAGAGCAGGAGGGAGGAGGAGAGGUGGAUGAGGGGGUGAGGGAUAGGCCUCCGUCUUACCACGAUGCGUUUUUCUUCCCGGUGUUGAUCGUACACGGAGAGGAGAGCUGCCACGCUGGAGAUGACGUGAUGGACACAAUAGUAGACUGACAGGCAAGAAUGGUUGCCAUAGUCUGAGAGACAGUGGAAAGGAGGAGAUAUUGUAGUACAGGACAAGAAAGAGAUGUAAAUCAACUGAGAGAAAGGGAAGAUAUUGG